AAAAACAGCCAAUCUCAAACUUCUGAUAACCAUUUCUGAAAAGAUCACUUGCCUAUGGGUUGAAAGUUAUUUUUUCAGUUGGAUUAAAGUGAACUAAGGAACAGAUGCAGAUUUAUCUGUGAAACUAUGUCCAAUAUUGGAAAAUCUGCCUGCAACCCAGGCUUGAUCUACCAGCACUGGAACUGGGAAAGAUCAGUGGGGAUUGACUGCAGUUCUCCGGAGCCCCGCUGCAUUUGGUUAGCUGCACUAAGGAAUGUAACCUCUGAGGUAAAUUCCAGGAAGAAGAGAGACAGUGAUAUCUCAACUGUCAAAAGAAAGCACAGCUUUCCUGUUUGGAAGGAGGAGGAGUUGCUGACUAAAACUCAACGAGAUGAGAAAAAUCCCAAUGAAAAUGCUAACCUGGUGCAGAAUGAAAUAUUUUCAUGGCCUGGCCCAAAGACUCUGCUGCUACAGAAGAACUCUCAAGGUUUUGGAUUUACGCUGAGGCACUUCAUUGUCUACCCUCCAGAGUCAACUUUGCAUCCGAGCUUUAAGGAUGAAGAAAAUGGAAAUGGAAAAGGUCAUCAGAAAAGUCGAACAGAACCUAUGGAUACCAUCUUUGUUAAAAGUGUAAAGGAAGGGGGAGCAGCAUAUCAUGCUGGUUUGUGUACAGGGGAUCGUAUUGUGAAGGUGAAUGCAGAAAGUGUAAUUGGCAAAACGUAUUCUCAAGUAAUAUCCCUAAUUCAGAACAGUGAGGAUGUAUUGGAACUUUCAGUUAUGCCCAAAGAUGAAGACAUUUUGCAGGUGCCUCCUUCAGUUGGGAGGGCAGGCGAGCAAGCUGUGUACUUCUGCCUGACUUCAGCAUCAAUGCCAUCCCAUGCUCAUCUGACAGUAGAUACCUGUGAGGCCUACUCACAAGAUGCUUAUCUGAAAGGCAAUGAUCCAUAUUCUGGUAGUGCUCAGCACAUACCAGAGCCACCACCUAUAUGUUAUCCUCGACAUUUGGCCAUGACCCAAACUGCAGAGCCUUUAUGGACAGAGUCUUCGCGAAGCCGACAGGUGGACAAUGCAAUUUACAACACUGGCUCAGGUUCUGAUAGGGGAUUCUACUCCAACCCAUCCUCACCUCCCGAUAGUGUUACCACAAUUAGUAGUAUAUGGUGUGAAAGACGGGCAAAAGCACGAUCGUCAGAUAUUUUGGCUGAGAUUGGAGUAGCUCAUUCAAGUCAUAUGCAUCAUGUGGAGGAGUUACAGUAUGGGAUGAAACAGAGAUCAGUAGGAGUGAGUGGUGUACCUAUUUCCUCCUCUUCAAAUGCUGCCCAUGGUAGCUCUGUUACACAGGGCCCAAUGAGCAGUAAAUAUGGUUCCAGUAUGACUGUGGUGCAAGAUAGAUAUGGGGGACAUCUCAAAAAUAUUCCUUUUUCAUCAAUUUCAAACCACAGCAUUUAUUCCAUUCCAAAGAAUAACGUAGAUCAGAGGAGUCGCAUCAGUUCUGAGGGCAAAAUGAAAAAUGACUGUUUUCAUUCUGACAUUAGGAAGUCACGGGAACGACUUGGCAGCCCAAAAACAACCAAUCAACAAUAUAACCUGCCCAGUUGGCGAUCAGCACAAUUACCACGUCGAAGCUCCUCCGAAGAUCGCUGCUACUCUGCUAUGCCUCCAAAAUACAGAAGUUUCUCCCAGGAUAGACUUGAGGAGACUUCAUUGCACAAACAUUGGCUUCACAGUGCGUCCCAGGACACUUUACUUUCCCCCAUGAAUGAAUCAUGGAGUUUGCGGUCUCGAUCAGAAGAUUAUUUGGGAAAAUGUGACAGAUCUUUAGAUAAUUUGACUUGUGAUGCCUUUACAGCAGCUGGGGAUAGGUUGUUAUGGACGCAUUCAAGGACUGGAACAACAAAUGAUGGGAUUUCGAGGUCUGGUAGACAAGAACAAAUCUUUUCGCAACAGUAUAGACCAGCAGGGCAUUCAUCAGGAAAUGCUGCAAUGCAUGGCCAGAAGAUUUUACCCCAACAGACCUCUAGCAAAACGAAUGCAUAUUACAAUGAUAGGAAUUCUAGAGUGACUAUUCCACCUCAGCAACAAUGCAAGAACACAAGUGGUAAUGCUCAAUCUGUAAAGAGGACAGAUGUGCUCGUAGAUCAUCUGCCUGUCAGUAUUUCUCAAAACAAACCAUCUCAGCUUUUAAAUAGGGCAGCAUUUGGUUUAGCUGUGACUGCUCAUGCAACUAAGACUGACCGUUGUGCACCCUGUCAAGUACAGAGAAUUGAUGUUCCUGUGUUUCAUGACCAAAGAUUGACCAAUCACGAUCGGCAGGAUUGUCUGUAUCCAAAAUCAUCAAACAAGCAUUCGAACAAGGGCACAGUGCUUCAACAUGCGAUCCAACCAUUUACUGUUACAAAGCCAGGAACAUCGCAAAUCUCUGUAUGUGUCAGUGAUAUUCCUCAGGGGAUUGUACAGAAGGAACAGGAAACAUCACAAACUAACGAAACUGUAAUUUUAAGGCAAAAACCUCCAACGGGCCGUAGGAUACCACAUCCUGUCAGGCACCCAGCAUACAUGGUAGCUGUGGAUUUACCAGAACUGCCACCUGCAAAUUUGAUGCCAGCUGACAAAUCUGAAAAUGCAUUUUUGGAGCAUACAAAUGGAAAGCUGGUAAGAAGAGUUGCAAAGUCGUCAGAAGAUUCCUUGGCCUCAAUUCCAUAUAUAGAUGAGCCAACAAGCCCAAGUAUUGACCUGGCAGCAGGUCAUAUCCCUGCUUCAUCUGUUGUUUCAAGUGGUCAGAAGUUUGCUCCAACAAUCAUUACUAGUCCUGCUUCUCCAACUUUCACCUUUCCCCCUGUUCACUCACGUCAUUUCUCUCAGGAUUGCAGCAACAUGAAAGCCAGUCGACGGUCGUCCUAUCUUCUUGCCAUAACAACAGAAAGGUCAAAGUCUUGCGAUGAAGGACUGAAUACGUAUCGGGAUGAAGGAAAAGUGUACUCGAAAUUGCCGAAAAGGGUUCCUAGUCUGAAGCUGCUGAGGAGCUUUUUCACGGAUGGGUCCUUAGAUAACUUGGAAGAUACUGAAAACAGGAGGUCUAAGCGACAUUCCACAUCAGAACUCUGUGACGUGACCUUCAGUGAUGUCAGAAACGAAGGAUGGUUGUAUUUUCGACAGCUUGUCACAGAGAAGGGAAAGAGAGUUGUGAGCAGCAUUCGUUCUUGGAAAAAGAUGUAUGCUGUCCUGAGAUCACAUUCCCUAUACCUGUACAAGGAUAAAAGAGAUGCAACGACUUAUGAUUGUGUGGAUGAACAGCCCAUUUGUAUUAAGGCCUGUUUGAUUGAUAUUUCAUACAGUGAGACUAAAAGGAAGAAUGUUUUCAGGUUGACUACAUCUGAUUUCUAUGAAUAUCUAUUCCAAGCUGAAGAUCGAGACGAUAUGUUGAACUGGAUUAAAAUUAUCCAAGAGAAUAGUAAAACAGAGGGAGAAGACAUAAGUUCAAGACUGAUCGAAGUUAAAUUAAAGGAAUACAGAAACCAGAGCCCCGCAAAUAACAAGUCUGAUUCUUCGCCAAAGGGAUCUCGUCAUCAUGUCAAUCGGCGUCCACGAUCUCCCAGGCAAGAUAAUGUGAACAAAGAUGAAAGUAGUCUUUCGAAGGACAAGAGUUCUUGGUUGAACAUAAUGAAGAAAGCCAAGAAAACAGUUUCAGGAGCAGCUUUUGGUGUUCGAUUAGAAGAGUGUCAACCUGGUAUAAAUAACAAGUUUAUACCACUGAUAGUGGAGGUAUGUUGCAAGUUGGUGGAGGAGAAAGGUUUGGAGUACACAGGGAUCUAUAGGGUACCAGGGAACAAUGCCAUGGUCUCCAGCCUACAAGAACAACUGAAUAAGGGAAUGACUGAUCUAAAUACCUCAGAAGAAAAAUGGCAAGACUUGAACGUGAUUAGCAGUUUGCUUAAACUGUUCUUCCGAAAGCUUCCUGAGCCUCUCUUCACAGAUGAUAAAUACAAUGAUUUCAUUGAAACCAACAGACUGGAGGAUGCGGCAGAAAGACUUCAAAGAUUUAAGAAACUGCUUCGAAAUUUACCGGAAAAUUAUUUUGAAACCCUGAAGUUCCUCACAGGACACCUGAAGACCGUAGCAGAUCAUUCUGAAAAGAACAAGAUGGAGCCACGGAAUUUAGCAUUGGUAUUUGGUCCUACCCUAGUCAGAACAUCUGAAGACAAAAUGAUUGACAUGGUGACGCACAUGCAAGAUCGGUACAAAAUAAUUGAAACCUUAAUACAGCAUUAUGAUUGGUUUUUUAAUGAAGACAGGGAUGUGGAUGAAAAGGCUCCAGUUGACUAUGUAGGUAAUACAGAAUUACAGCCAGUACCAAACAUAGACCACCUGCUGUCAAACAUUGGGAGAACUGGAGGAGCACCAGGGGAUAUCUCAGAUUCAACUACAAGUGAUUCAGCAAAGUCUAAGGGAUCAUGGGGAUCCAGAAAGGAUCUGUACAACAGGGAGUUGAUGAUGUCAAUCUUUGCAGCGGCCAACCGUAAGAGAAAAAAACAAAAAGAGGCAAAAGUGCUUGAAAGUAGCACAGAUGAUGAUUCAGAACAUGAACCUACUAAGGCUAUUAACAAGGAAGGAUCAGUAGACAAAACAGGAGCCGAUAGACAGAAGGAUGCAACUGAACAGAAGGAGAAACAGUUGGCAAAUACUAGGAACAGAAAUGUACAGAAAAUAUAUCAACCUAUUGCUAAUAAAGAACUUCAAAAAAUGUCAGGAGAAUCUGACAAUUCCAAGCAGGACCACAUUCAAAGAUCCCAAUGGGAGAGUGUUGAUGAACCCACUCUGAACUCUUCAUCUCCACAAUGUACUCCAUCCUCUGUUGGCCUUCAAUGUUCAUUUAAGGAAGAAACUUCCCUCAAAUUAUUGCAUUCAGAAAGAAGAAACAGUACAGAUAACCAGACAACCAUUGCAAGUUCUCAGUCUCAUUGUAAUAGUGAAAUGUUUUCCAGAAGUUCCAAGCUGAAGAUGUGGCAGGUGGAGCACAGAGAGACAAUUCCCACUGAUGCUAGCUCUGUUGUUUCAGGAUAUUCGACGAUUUCGUCCACAGUAACAACCCUAGAUCACAACUUCAGUUCUGAGGUACAAUCGAUUGCUGAAAGCAGGGGUGAUGAAGCUGAUGAUGAAAGGAGUGAGCUCAUCAGUGAGUGCGGAGGUCCUGUCGAAACAGACAAUGAAAGUAGCUAUCUAAUACGGACUCUACCAGGCAAGGUCUCAUGCUCACAGCAGGAAAGAAGCAGGUUUUGUCGCCGUGAGUCAGACAGCAACACAAGCUCUGACAAAGAAGGGAUUCCAGUACAUAAGCUCAACAGUAGACCGUCUUUUAAUUCUCACAAAUUAAUUCAGUGUGAUACAUUGGCUAGAAAGAAGUUGACUAAACCAAAAACAGAACAUGACUUUAAUCCAAAAAUCAAUGAAGAUAAUGACCCCCCAAUGGUCGACAAUUUGUUAGAUAAUUUGAAUUAUCCCAAUCCCACCAACAAGCACAAUGUCCUUAAGUGUGAUCCUGACAAAAAUGAUGUAACCCAAACAUCAAAACGAGCACUGACUGAUCACACGAAACUGCGAUUGAAAACUUCAGCAGAUGAUAUGUUUGGGGUGGGGCUGAGAAAACAGAACUCUCCAGAGACCAGGAGAAAGAAGAACAUUAGGAGGAGACAUACAGUAGUGGUGCAGAAUGACUUAUCAGAGUUUAACUUUAGAGAAUGCAAGGAUAAACCACUGGAAAGCAAAGACAGUGGCCACAGGUUGGGCAAACUAUGUGCCAUGCAUCAGUUUGAGCAAAAUGUUGAUUCAAAGGAAACUUCAGAUACUGGAGGAAACUCACAACCAAUUGAUUUAGAAUCAAAAAAUUGUUUGUUUCACCAGACUGGUAGCUUACAACCUCAACAACCAGGACCCAGUAAUAAGCAUUCAAAUAGCAAUAACAAUUCAGAAUGUCAGCACCCUACAUCACCGUCUUCCCCAUCAACUGGCUUGACAUCAGGCCAAGCUAGAGACAGUGAUUCGAAUUCUGCCAAGUCUGAAACCGGCACAAAGACUCAGAAAUAUGCACCCUCCUCUCGAUUCCAUCAGUACCUCUGA